AUGUCACAGCAUCUUGCGGCUAUUAUACCAGAGAAGGGAGGCCCUUUAAAAAUAGUUCAUAGGCCAACGCCUACACCAAGUCCAACAGAGCUCCUCAUAGAAGUCCACUCUAUUGCAUGUAACCCAAUCGAUUAUUACAUGCGUGACCAUGGCUUCGCUCUUACCUCCUACCCCGCAAUUCCUGGCUCAGACAUUUCUGGUAUCGUCGUUGCUGCUGGUUCAUCUGUGCUAGCUGCUGCACCAAAAGUUGGAGCACGUGUGACAGCUUUUGCACAGGCAUUCUUCACGCAUGGCGAUCCAGACCACGGAGCAUUUCAGAAGAAAGUUCUUGUACCAGCUUCAAGCGUAUGUCCAUUACCUGAUGGAAUAAGCUUCAACGAAGGAGCAAUUCUUCCAAUGGCUGUGCAAACCUCGAUGGCUGCUUGGUAUACUAUGGGGCUAGCACGUGAUACAAAGCUCACGUCUGCAGACAAGAAAGGCAUGCUGAUAUGGGGUGGAAGCAGCAGCAUUGGAGGCGUAGGUGUACAACAAGCUUCCAAGAUGGGAUAUGUUGUAUAUGCCACCGCUAGCCCACAUCAUCAUGACUACGUCAAGAAACUUGGAGCCUCAAAAGUAUUUGAUUACAAGGAUAUUAAUGUUGUUGAUGAAAUUGUCAAAUCCGCAAAAGAGGAAGGGAUUACAAUAAAUUUGGCAUAUGAUGCUGCUGGUGCGCUGCAGCCCAUCUUGGACAUCCUGAAGGCCUCAAAGGGUGACAGUGUCGCCAAAUUAGCUACAGCAGUUGUUAUGGAACCUCCAACUGUGGAAGAUAUUGAUGUCAAAUUCGUUUUCGCCCCAUCAGAUGAUGCAGAAAGGGAUGAAUGGUCUCAGUGGCUCUAUGGGACUUGGCUGAAGGAAAACCUGCAAACGGGUGAAAUCAUUCCAAGCCCAAGUAUCAGAGUCGUAGAUGGAGGGUUGGAAUCUGCAAACAAAGCAUUAGACCAGUUGAAAGGAGGAGUCAGUGGUGUGAAAUUAGUGUUGGAAGUAUGA